AUCUGCGAGACCUGUCAGAGUGCUGAGGCCACAUUCAAUUGCGUAACCUGUGCUGGUGACCAUGGCUGGUGUCAUCCUUGCUUGAUCAGAUCACAUCAGUCAUUACCUUUCCACAAAAUUCAACUUUGGAACAGUAUAUGCUUCCAGGACGUCGCUCUUGCUGACCAGGGAUUUAUAUGGUACUUGGGCCAUGGAGGAGAGCCUUGCCCUUCACAUGGAGCUUCAAAAAUUUAUGGGAAUCAAGACGAGAGAGUGGAUGAUGUCACCGAGACAGGCUCCUUACCUUACAAUACCACCCCUGUCACUAUUGUACAUUCAUCUGGAGUCUUCACAUACAAUGUGUCAUGUUGUCAUUGCCCAGGAUCCAAUCCUCACCACCUGGAGCUCCUAAGAGUACAGCUAUUUCCUGCCAGCUCCACACAGCCUGAGACUGCUUUCACCUUCGACGUACUGGAUCAUUGUCUCAUUGAUGCCUUGGAAUGCAAGACUUUGGCCAGGAGCUGA